AUGGAAGAAAGUAAGAUUAGGAUGGUGGAGUGGGUGUGGGAGCUAUAUGGGAGAAGGAAGCUUCUCGAAGCUGUGGACCCGAGGCUCUGUGAGCAGUUUGAGGAGCAAGAAAUGGAGCGCUUGAUGGUUGGUGGGCUCUGGUGUGCUCACCCAGAUCACCAUCUAAGGCCCUCAAUCAAGCAGGCAAUUCAGGUGCUUAAUUUUGAGGCUCCACUACCCAAUCUGCCUGCAAAAAUGCCUGCCUCCCCAUACCUUUCUCCACCGGAUGCUCCUGAGAGCAGCCAAGGCCAAACCCAGUCUUCUAGCUAUACUUACAAUACAAAUUCUUCUGCUGCUUCUUCUCCCUCUACGUCACUUUUGUAUAGAAAAACAAUUUCGUGUAAUGAAAAUCAGAAAAAGCCAAAUUCACACGCUGAGCUUUUGCUCUGUUUGAAUUCAAUGUGCAUUGGCUACAAGAUAAGAACUGUACUUUCAGACCAUAAGAAAUUUUAUUUUUCUUCUUCUUCAUCUGCAUCACUUUUGUGUAUCAAAACAACUUAG